AACCAGGGAAACCGUUUUGAAGACGGAGCAGGACUGAAAAGCGGUUGUGGACGCUUACAUAUUUCAAGUCAAUUUGAGGCGAAAUAACAGACAGGGUAGGACAACGCUGAAGUUAAACUGUAGCAAGAUUCUGAAAAAGCGAAACAGAAAAAUACUGCUGAGACAGAAAACAAAACAAAUGGAAGAACCGGAGGAACCCGUGGCAGCCGAGAUGUUGAAUAACCGGAGGGAUCUGGCAACGGUUAAUGCCAAGGCGUACCUGCUAAAGAACAGUACGAGAUCCAACCUGAAUCUCUAUGACCACCUGGCUCGAGUUCUGAACAAGGUCCUGGAUGAGCGUCCAGAGAAUGUGGUGGACAUGUUUGAGGACCUCAGCAAGGACAUCAAGAGGUCUCAGUUCUCCAAGAAGAUGGACACCCUUCGCGACGAGCCCGAGAGCUCCGCGGCCUUCGAUCUCGCUGAGACUCGGAAGGUGCUGUUCAGCAAGGGAGGAGCCGAGGGAUUGGAGGGGCAGGAGGAGGAGCUGGUAGAGACCCCACUCCCCAAUGUAAUGGAGCUGGCGUUCUACUUCGAGCAGGCUGGGGUAGGUCUCAGUCGGGAGGAGACGUACUGUAUCUACCUGGCUCUCAAGCAGCUGGUAGACAGCCAGCCCUUGCAGAAAUGUCGCUUCUGGGGGAAGAUCCUGGGCACGCAGGGCAACUACAUAGUGGCGGAAGUGGAAUACCGAGAGGGGGAGGAGGAAGAGGAGGAGGGGGGAGAGGAAGACAUUGAUGAGGCAGAGAAAGAUUAUGGAAAGGAUGAUGACGAGGACAAAGAAAGGCAAGAGGACUUAGACCCGCUCCCGAAAUCCAACUACAAGCCGCCUCCCAUCGUCCCCAAAGAGGACAACCACACUGGCGUGAACAAGUUCAUCUACUUUGUCUGCAGCGAGCCUGGGAAACCCUGGAUCAAGCUGCCGCAGGCGACGCCAGCACACAUCGUAGCCGCUAGGGACAUCAAGAAGUUCUUCACAGGCCACCUGGACACCCCAAUUGUCAGCUGCCCACCUUUCCUCGGGAACGAAGCCGCCUACCUGCGGGCGCAGAUCGCCCGGAUCUCAGCGGGCACACACAUCAGUCCGCUGGGGUUCUACCAGUUCGGAGAGGAGGAAGGCGAGGAGGAGGAGGAGGCUGUGAGGGACAGCUUUGAGGAGAAUCCCGAUUUUGAGGGGACCCCCGUUGGUGAGCUGGUGGAUACCUCAACUUGGGCGCACCACGUGCAGCACAUCCUCCCACAGGGACGCUGUGUCUGGGUCAAUCUAGCCCAGAAGAAAGAAGAUGACUUUGAAGAGGGGGAAGAGGAAGAGGAGAAGGAGGAAGAACCAGAUGAGCCCGAGCCUGAGGUGGGCCCUCCCCUCCUGACCCCCGUGUCUGAGGACGCAGAAAUCAACAAUACGCCUCCGUGGACAGGAAAGCUCUCUUCUAAUCUCAUUCCGCAGCAUGCAGUUGCUGUCAUGAAAUCAAACCUCUGGCCAGGAGCUUAUGCGUUUUCAACUGGAAAAAAAUUUGAGAACAUCUACCUGGGCUGGGGCCACAAGUACAGCGCUGAGAACUACAGCCCCCCUGCGCCUGCGCUGCUGCAGCAGGAGUACCUGAGCGGCCCCGAGAUCACGGAGGUGGACGACCCCUCUGUGGAGGAGGAGCAGGCUCUCAAGGCAGCGCUGGAGGAGCAAAAGGCAGCCGUGGAGGAGAUGGAGGACAUGGAGGAGGAGGAGGAGGAAGAGGAGGAUGACUGACUUCCCCCAGUCACCCAGCUCCCCCACCACCAUCAUCAUCAUCACUGACCUCCCCCAGUCACCCAGCUCCCCCACCAUCAUCAUCAUCAUCAUCACUGACCUCCCCCAGUCACCCAGCUCCCCCACCAUCAUCAUCAUCACUGACCUCCCCCAGUCACCCAGCUCCCCCACCACCAUCAUCAUCAUCACUGACCUCCCCGUCACCCAGCUCCCCCACCACCAUCAUCAUCACUGACCUCCCCCAGUCACCCAGCUCCCCCACCACCAUCAUCAUCAUCACUGACCUCGCCCAGUCACCCAGCUCCCCCACCACCAUCACCACCAUCAUUAUCAUCACUGACCUCCCCCAGUCACCCAGCUCCCCCACCACCAUCAUCAUCAUCACUGACCUCCCCCAGUCACCCAGCUCCCCCACCACCAUCAUCAUCAUCAUCACUGAUCUCCCCCAGUCACCCAGCUCCCCCACCACCAUCAUCAUCACUGAUCUCCCCCAGUCACCCAGCUCCCCCACCACCACCAUCAUCAUCACUGACCUCCCUCAGUCACCCAGCUCCCCCACCAUCAUCAUCAUCAUCACUGACCUCCCCGUCACCCAGCUCCCCCACCAUCAUCAUCAUCAUCACUGAC